CCGGAAGAGGGGAGGCUUCCGGCUGGGGCACGGAGGCUCCACCCCCUGACGUCACUUCCCUAAACAAAGGGAGCUGUCGCGGCGCGGGCUCUGGGAUGUGACCCCUGCUGAAGGUGCUGCAGCUGCGGCGGUGGCUUCAGAGGCUUCGGGGUGUUUGCAGGUUGAGGACGAGGACGCGAUCCCCUCUUUCCUCAGGUCAUAAGAAGCUGGCCUUGGUGUAAUAAGGAACUUACAACAAUGGAGGAGCGGAAAGUGAAGAGGAGAAGUCCUAAGUCUUUUAGUGCCCACUCUACUCAGGUUGUUAAUGCCAAAAAAAAUGCCAUUCCAGUUAGUAAAAGCACAGGGUUUUCAAAUCCUGCAUCACAGUCAACUUCACAGCGACCAAAGUUAAAAAGAGUGAUGAAAGAAAAGACAAAACCUCAGGGAGGAGAGGGAAAAGGUGCUCAGUCAACCCCGAUUCAGCAUUCCUUUCUCACUGAUGUCUCAGACGUUCAGGAGAUGGAGAAGGGGCUUCUCAGCCUUUUGAAUGACUUCCACUCUGGGAAACUUCAAGCAUUUGGAAAUGAAUGUUCCAUUGAACAGAUGGAACAUGUUCGGGGAAUGCAGGAGAAAUUAGCUCGCUUGAAUUUGGAGCUGUAUGGGGAGUUAGAGGAACUUCCUGAGGAUAAGAGGAAGACAGCUAGUGACUCUAAUCUGGAUAGGCUUCUUUCUGAUUUAGAAGAAUUGAAUUCUUCCAUACAAAAACUGCAUUUGACAGAUGCACAAGAUGUUCCAAAUACUUCUACCAGCUAAAAUGAAAUGCAGUUGCUUUCUUGUGGUUUGAAGAAAAGCAGCAUUCUUUACUUUUCCAGCUGAAUCCAGUAGCAGAAUAAUCUUCCACAAUAAGGGAUUAAAGUAAUUAAAGUGCAACUGUAAUGAUUUUCUCAUAA